AUGCGGAGCAUACUAAAACCUCAUAUAGAGAAAAUAGAGAAAGAAUUAACGUGUUUUACUUGUGAAGAAUUGUUCACAGAUCCAAAGAUUCUUCCAUGUUUGCACAAAUUCUGCUUAAAAUGUAUUACUCUGGUCCUAGAGAGUGGGGAAACCCAACAUUUUGAAUGUCCUAUUUGCAAGGCGAGGAUAUACGUGCAAGAUGGUGAUGCAUCAAAGCUACCUUCGUCAUUCUACGACAACGCUCUGCUACGACUACUCCAGAAUAUGAAAAACGAGUCCUUUCCAUUGCAGAAAGGGUUGACUGAGUGUGAAAGUUGUAGCAAGCCGGAAUCCUUGGUGGCAUUUUGUCCUCAGUGUGAUGGUUUGAUAUGUGAAGAAUGCGUCACACUCCACAAAGCAAUCAAGCAACUUCGCAAAGAUCACCAACCAACAAUGCUUGAUGACUUCGGACAAGAAAGUGUCUACAGUUUCGUCAAGAAUGAAAUGUUGUGCAAAGAAAAGUCCCACGAGAAAAAUAAGCUGGAAUACUUCUGCCAAGAAGAUAGUUGUAAACAAAGUGUAUGUCAAAAAUGUGCUAUCUUGUAUCAUCAAAACCAUCGUAUGCAGAUCCUAGAGGAAGCUUCUGAGGAAUUCAAGCGAGCCCUACAAGUAGACACGAAUCAAGUCAAACAGCUGAGAGAAAAAUAUAACGAAGAAUUAGAACAAUCUAAGACAAAUUUGGAGAGAAUUCAAUGCGAAAUUGAAGUCGCAAAAAAAGAGGUUCACGACACUGUGCAAGCUAUUUUUAAGAUGGCAGAGGAUCACGAGAGCACAAUUUGUCAGGCCUUAGAUGAUCUUUUAGAGGAUCAAAAGCUAGCGAACGAUGAUGAACAAAGGGAUGUCAACGAAGAAUUACUAAAGACACAAGAGUUUGAGCUUUACUCUAAAAUCAUAGCCGAACGAAGUCUGAGCCUAGAGAUUAUUGAAAGUAAGGAAGUACUACAGCACAGAAGUCAGACGUUAUUGGAGACACCUUCAAUUUUAUGUAACAAACCAAUCCAACGUAACGCGACGGUGCGUUACGUGACAAGUCCUCAAGUCAAGAAGUUGUUUCAAGACAUUGGUUAUAUUGUGGUAACCGUGACGGCCCCAACACAGUGUACAAUUGAGUCAUUGCAAGAUGUAAGGUGCGGCUUUGUGAACGAGUUUAACAUCAUCACGAGAAAUGCAGAUGGAAAAGUAUGUCCCACAAGAAUCGAGUCUAUCGAUGUUAGAAUCAAAGAUGUGGAAGGCAACGAGGUGGAAAAGAAAGUGUCUGAAGAGCAAACUGGAAAAUACCGUGUGAGUUAUAAAGCAGAGAAAGUGGGAAGGUACGAAAUACUGGUGAAUAUUGCAGGCAGUCCCAUCAAAGACUCACCUCAUAAUGCAUAUUCACUAGAUUUUACUUACGUGAAAAAAUUUGGCGAAGAGGGACAUGGGCAGGGACAGCUACACUAUCCAAGGUCAAUAGCACUAAAAGAAAAUGAAGAGAUAGCUGUAUCGGAUGGAGGUAAUAACCGUGUUCAAAUAUUCAACCUUACUGGGAACUUUUUGAGGGAGUUUGGCAAGAAAUGGAUGGGAGAAGGAAAGCUAUUCAAACCAAAUGGAAUUGUCAUUAUUGAAGAUAGAAUCUUUGUUGCUGACCAGCCAGAGAGUAAAGGCAGAAUACAAGAAUUUGACAAUAACGGUACUUACGUACAAACUCUCUACAGACCUGACAAAUGGUUUUUACCGAGUGGAAUGUGCGUUAACGAUGAUAAAAAUAUCGCAGUGUGCUGCGAAGGAAAUGAAAUAAUUGGCAUCAAACCAAGCAUCAAGGUGUUCAGUAAACAAGGAGAUUUAGUUCAUGAGUUUGAUACGCCUGACAAUAAUGAACAGCCUCGGUACAUCACCUAUGGAAACGGCAAGUACUUCGUAUCUUAUUUGAACAAAAGCUGUGUUCAUGUUUUUGAUUCAAAUGGAGUCCUCUUGUACAGCUUUGGUGAAAAGGGGAAGAAGGAUGGCCAGUUCGAUAGUGUCGGUGGACUGGCUGUUUAUGGUCCAGACAUGAUUCUUGUCUGUGAUAUGAAUAAUCAUCGUGUUCAACUUUUCACACAAGAAGGUCAGUUUAUAAAGUCAUUUGGUAGCCAUGGUUCAGGUGUUGGUCAGAUGUAUUGUCCAGUAGACUUGGUAGCUACAAAUGAUGGUCGAGUGUUUGUGCUGCAGUGUGGUAGUAAACAAGUACAACUAUGGCAUUGAGAAAACUGAGUUGCUUGUGAUUCUCUUGUCGUCAACUGAGAAAAUAGACAUGCUAUCAGUCCUGGCAUGUGAUUGGAGACAAAGAAAACCUGAGUGAGCUGUUGAAUAAUCGUCAAUGAACUUAACAAACAAACGAAAAAUCAUUUUUUAAAGUGCCUAUCACCCUUCUGACAAUAUUUACAGUAUU